AUGACAUGCAGCGUUUGGCUAAGGCAAGUAUGGAUCGAUAAGAAGUUGUCUUGGGAUCCGAGGAAUUAUGGAGGAGUCAGCGUACUCUAUGUUCCCUAUGAAAUGAUUUGGGUACCGGACAUUGUCCUGUAUAAUAAUGCAGAUAGUAAUUAUAACAUCACAAUCAGCACAAAAGCAACCCUACGAUACGAUGGUGAAGUAACGUGGGAGCCUCCGGCAAUUUUCAAAAGUUUAUGUCAAAUCGACGUUCAGUGGUUUCCAUUCGACGAACAACGCUGUCAUUUUAAGUUUGGCUCCUGGACAUAUUCCGAAGAUUUGCUGGAUUUGGAACUUCUGGACGGUGAGCCACGAUACGAGCUGGAGGUGAACGAAUACGGCCAAAUUGAUAAUAUCACAGUUGUUGAAGAUGGAAUUGACCUUUCCGACUAUUAUCCAUCGGUGGAAUGGGACAUUAUGUCACGAGUUGCAAAGCGUCGAACAAAGAAUUAUCCCACGUGUUGCCCCGACGAAUCAUACAUUGAUAUCAUGGUACAAACUUGCAUAAUACCCCAAAAUAUUUUACCUUAAUU